GCUGAGUGACGUCACCGGAGUCAACGACGUCGUCACGUUUGUUUAUUUAUUUAUUUGUACUCGGGGAACCAGAUGAGCGAUUAAGCUCUUUGUCACGGAUGUUGUGGUUUUUUUUAAUACGAUAAAUAAUACAUGAGAAACAAUACAACAAUGUAUACUGGAGUAAUCCGAUGAGCGACGAAGCUCUUUGUCACGGAUGUUCACAGCGUUUCUGAGUAAAUAAAUCAUAAAUACUGCAAUUUGGUGACGUUUCGGGCAAUUGUGUUGUCAAGGCCGUGCGCUUCCAUAUCAAUGACGGGAACCCGGCCUCAGAGCUGAGGAACGAAAAAAUAAACCUCGCAGUGAGCAGGGUUGUGACGUCGGGCAGAAGCAAAAUAAAGAUGCGGUGGGGGGGGUUAUUUUUUUUCCUGCGUGGCUUUCCCAUAACGAUUUUGUUGUCGCAAAGGAAGAUGCACGCGUUCCUCAAGGGCGGGAGUUUACCUCAGAAGGAGAAGUCGGCCGCCAAGGAGAAGCCCGGCAGCUGCGAGGCGAAGCGGAGCCGAGCGGUGCCAUGGGUGGAGAAAUACCGGCCCAGGUGUGUGGAUGAAGUUGCGCACCAAGAAGAGGUGGUGGCCGUGCUCAAGAAGUCAUUGCAAGGAGCCGAUCUGCCCAACCUGCUGUUCUACGGACCGCCGGGUACGGGGAAAACGUCGGCGAUCCUGGCAGCGGCACGCGAUUUGUUUGGGCCGGAGCUGUAUGCGCAGCGCGUGUUGGAGCUCAACGCGUCGGACGAGCGCGGCAUCCAGGUGGUGCGACAUAAAGUGAAGAAUUUCGCGCAGCUCACAGCAUCCAGCACUCGCAAAGAUGGCAGCCCCUGCCCGCCGUUUAAGAUUGUGGUGCUGGACGAAGCGGACUCGAUGACAUCCGCGGCCCAGGCGGCGCUGCGCCGCACGAUGGAACGCGAGACGAAGACGACGCGAUUCUGCCUCAUCUGCAACUACGUGAGCCGCAUCAUUGAGCCACUCACUUCGCGCUGCUCCAAGUUCCGCUUCAAGCCCCUGUCGGACGCUGCGCAGGAGCAGAGGGUCAGGCACGUGUGUGACCAGGAAGGGCUCAAGAUCGAGCAGGAGGCCCUGACGGAGCUGGUAAAGGUGGCCGAAGGCGACCUUCGCCGCGCCAUCACCAUGCUGCAGAGCGCCGCCCGCCUCGUUGUCGGGGCGACCAUCACGCGAGCCAUCAUCAUGGAGAUCUCCGCCUCCGUGCCCACCGCCAUGCUAAACGCCCUGGUGGAAGCGUGCCGCUCCAGUUCCAUCGACAAGAUGGACCUGGCUGUCCAGAACAUUUGCUGCGAGGGCUACGCGGCCACGACGCUCAUAGGGCAGCUUCACGAGGUCGUGCUGUGUCGUGCCGACCUCUCCGACCGGCAGAAGUCGGCCAUCGCCGACAAGCUGGGGGAGGUGGACAAGUGCCUGGUGGACGGAGCGGAUGAAUAUCUGCAGAUGCUGGCCCUGUGCUCCGUCCUUAUGACGCAGUUCAAUCGCCCCGCGGAGUGAAACGCGGCGGCAGCGUCCAGAUUGCGUCGCGACAUCGCAACGUGCGAAACCCGUGCCACUCCAGAUCACACACAAACCUUAAGCCAAGCCUUCUGGAUCGAAAAAGUCGAGGGUUGAUUUCGUAAACAAGCAUUGCGUUGAUUCAAGAUCGACAUAACCUUGCGCCGAUUGAAUCGCAAGCCUUCCUCCCAUUUUGGAAUAUCACAACUCUCAGGUUUAUUCCGUGUCACAUUCCGCACACCGUGUGUCGGUUUUUAGAGGGGAAGGGGGCGGGGGGCUGUGGUGAAUGGUUACGUUGGGGCCACGUUACUUGGUUUUGGCUAAAGUGAGGACUGUUGAUACUCUGUAAAAUAUAAGACUGUGAACCUGAACGUUAUGAACGGCUAAAAUAAAAGUGCAUUUUGUUGC